AGUUCGUGUGUGAGUGUCAGUUCGCGCGCACAAACGGUGUGGGGGUGCAACUCCGUAAAGACACCGUUCCGUCGGGCAACGGAGCGCCUGAAACUAUAUCCGAAUGUGGAUUUCAUCAUCGGUGGUUGCAGCCAUACCGAUAUUAACCGCCAUUAUACAAUACCGACUCUAGUGUGGGUUCAUAUCGGCCGCGCGGUCGCCCCGAAAUGGGAACCGUGCUAAGUAUCAGUCCGAAGGACCGCAAAUCCGUCUAUCCGACCAUGGCGAGCAGCGCUAGUGCGACAGAGUUCUCACUCAAUAACUUCACAUAUGAGCAACUCAGCAAACGCCGAGACGUGACUAGCAGGAGCAUAUCAAUGAUGUUGCCGGCCAACAUCAAUAUUAAUAACAACAACAAUAACGUGGAAAAUAAAAUGGUCGAGCGGGGAACGUUGGAGAAGAGCUUAAAGAAACACUCGGCUUUGAUAAACGCGAUCAGCUGGAAAAGGUUUAGUACGUCCCAAAACAAAAAGAAAAUUGAAAAUAACAAUUGCAUUAACGUUGUUGGUACCAUUAAGUCUACGAAAACCAUUGUCCGCCAACCGUUGGUCGACAAUAACGCCAAUCUAGAGAAAAACGUCCGCCGGUCGGCUACCACUACAGGAUUGGACGUCAUCAACAACAAUGAGAAACUUGUGCCUCGGGCUACUAUGGUACCGUCACAUACGUGCCACAGCCUGGUUCCCCGAAAAACGGUCAUCCAGGCAUCCACGUCAGAACUGCUCAAGUGCCUGGGCAUAUAUUUACACCAUAAGUGUUACAAGCUCAAUGAUUUUCAAGCCGGUGAUGCAGUCAUGUGGCUGAGGACGGUUGAUCGAAGUCUGUUAAUACAGGGAUGGCAGGAUGUACCAUUCAUAAAUCCAGCCAACGUUGUGUUUGUAUACAUGUUGGUCAGGGAGUUGGUUGACGAACGAGUAGUCAACGAGCAAGAACUACAAGCGGUCGUGCUCACGUGCCUGUAUCUGUCCUACUCGUAUAUGGGUAAUGAAAUAUCGUAUCCGCUCAAACCGUUCUUGGUGGAGGAUAGCCGCGACGCGUUCUGGAACAGGUGCCUGAACAUUGUCCGUACCAUGUCGGCCAAAAUGUUACGCAUCAACGCGGAACCGGCGUAUUUCACCGAAAUCUUCUCCGAGCUCAAAUCGUGCGGCACCCUCAGCAUUGUGUUGCAGACAGCAUGAUGAGCUGCCAAAUUAAAAAUUUUAUUCUAAAAGUGUAACAUAAAUUUAUGUACAUUAAAUUACAUUAACGACAUGCACAAAUCAAGCCGGAACUCUUUUGCAAAACACUGUCGCAGAAGUUCUAAUUUAUUGGUAAUCCUAUAUAGUGAUGCAUUUAUAGAUUACAGAGGGCAAUGCUCCAAGGUUUCCAUAAUCAAUAGAACUGUCUGUUCACAUUUAUUGGAGUUUCAUAAAAACACCCCGAGAAAAAUAACCCUCCGCCCUCGUGUUAUUAAACAAACUGUACACCGAGGGUAGCGGCUGUCAUGGAGUUGGGCUAGAAGAGGGUCACUAUAAACGAAGGGUGUUAUUUUAUUCUAAGGGCAAUGCAUCGAAGUUAAAACGCACAACGUCUUCGUUGAAAACAAAACGAAAAAUAAUCAUCAGUCUUCGACAGAGUUUCGCAAAAGGAAUUCCAUACAUUCAAAACUCAUUAAAACGAACAACUUGUAUGGAGCAAGAUAUCCAUCAGCCUGUGAGUGUUAUGGAAAUAUUUUACUGGCGUACACUCCAAGAAAUACUCCAUUGGCGCAAUUAAUAAUCUUAUAGUAGACUUCCAGAUCUUUUUUUACCGGACAAAUGUCGUUAUUAUAUUUUUAAUGUUAAAAAAAUUACAAUUUGUGAACAACAGUGAUUUUCAAAUUGGCACAUAUGCGGGUAAACCAUGUAAAUAUUCUAGAAUCAAAUAUAUAUUUAUGAUAUAACCCUAAGCACGCAUAAUGAGAAAUACAUUAUUAUUUUCGUUUUUAAUUCGAUUUGUUUUAAACAUAAUCAUGUUUUCGAGGCGAUUUUAUUUAUUUUAUUUCUUGAUAGUUCAAACGUUAAUAACUGGCUUUCCUAUGGGACCUUUUACUGCGUUUGAAGUAUCGUAAGGCACGGGUUCAAAAUUCCUCCAAUUUUAAAAGAAAGAAAAAAGUUUUGAUUAUUAUUAUUAAAAAAAAUUAUAUUUAUAAUAAGAUAAUGUUUUUUAUGUAAUAAUUGUAGAUAUAAAGAGGUUAAGUAAUGGAAAUUGAGAGCAUGUAUUAAAGUUUUCAUAAUAACUAGUUAAAUAAAAUUAUAAAAAAAAAGUAUUUUUGAAAAAAGUAUCGUUUCUCUUUAGAAAAAAAUUUUAAUUAUUCUAAAUGAUAUAUUAAGUAAUAAUUCUAUUCCAUACGGACAUUCCAUUAACUUAAUGGCACGUUUUGAAUUGUUUCAGAAUGCGUCCCGUGAUAUUUCAAUUUUUUUUGCCUUCAUAAAUGAACUAAUAAAUAUUGUUAGUAAAUUAAAUUCCCUCUCAAAAGACUGAAAAAUUGAUAAUUUAUUUUUCCUUGAUAUUUUUACCCUCUUAAUAGUGAAUUAUUGUAUUUGUUUAUAAUACCUUCGUUUAAAUAAAUAUAAUGAUAAUUAUAGACGGUAAUUAUUUUAUAUUAAUAAUGUACACGCAUAAGUGUAUGUAAUAUUAAAUUAAAUUUAAUUUUAAGGCUGGGAUGUUGCAAUUCCUUAGGCUAUAAGGACAUCACAUAAAUGUUAAAUUACUGUAAACUUAUUAGAUGUUUAUACUUAUUUUUUUUACAGAUAAGCUCUUAGUUUUAAGUAUGAUGAAUAAAUCGUUACCGUGACAUAUGUGGCCAUUUUAGUAUACAGUGCAAUUGUUUCCCGUUCAGUUGCGCCAGGUCACAUCUCCGUAUGGAGUCGGUGAUUGAGCGUUUGCUGUAGUGGGAGAGUUACUUGAAAUUUAGUUUUAGAAUUCUUUGAACUUUAUUGUUUCAAUUUGAUUUUUGUUUAAACAUUUUAAACGUUAUUUCUAACGCGGUCACGUGGUUUUGAGUGAAACGUGGUGGCCGGAAGUGCGAGUGUCGUCUCUAGUCAGUCGUGGUCGUGAUUUCGAUUGUAGUUUCCUCAUGAGAAACCUUCCAAAUCCGACGCGGCCUUUUAGCCUUAAGUUAUAGUUUUAAGUCGAUAUUAUUAAGUUUAAUUUUAAGAUUUAGACUCUAAUGUAUGUCUUUUAUAAGAUACUGAUUCCAUUAAAGUUCUCAUUUCCAUUCACCACGAUAAAAUGUCGCGUUACACUCUCUUCUGCUCCCACAUAUUUCAAUGUUAAACACCGUCCAAAAACUCUAUCAACAAAGUUCUAUAUUUGCAACGAAAAACAUUUAUUACUUUUCAUAAUGUCACAUGAACACAGAUUUAAACCGUAUUUAAAUUAGUGUGCAAUUAAUUUUUAGUUGUACGUAUUUAUAAUAUGUAUAUAAUUGUAAGUCAUUAUUUAAUAUGUAUUGAUUGGGGGGAAAUGGUAGUCCUGGCGUUGGUUAAUGGUCAUAUUAAAAUAUUGCAUAAUACAUAAUGCAUUACAUCAGGACAAUCAUUUUUCACCCGGGUUUUGGUCGUUUUAAUUUUUGUUUUUGUUAAAUGUAUUUUAAUUUAAAAUUACUUUUUAUUUAUGUUGUUGUUUUUUUUUUUAAGAAAAAAACAUAAGAGGCAAGCUUCAAAUGAUCUCAUGUUUUAGCUUUUCAUGACGACCACAUUGGGAAUGUCGUCGUUUAGUUUUUGUCCCCGGGAUGAUCCGAAAAGGAUUUCCCUUUCUCGCGGCAUGUACUUAACCAAUUAUAAUUCAUAUUCUUUAUACAUUCAUAUUAUUAUUAUUAUGAUGAUUAUAUUAUGUUAUGGUAUUAGCUUAGCUGGGCUUUACCCGAUCGUGUGCAAUUUAAAUUUAAAAUAACAAAAAAAUUCAUUAGACAAUACUUAAAUAACGAAUAUUAUAAUGUUCGUGUAGGUUUUUCUGUUUAUUUAUUUUAAAAUUAUUUGAAAUCUGAUAUAAAUAAAUUGCAUAAAUAUAAUGUGUUAUAUUUUUAUCAAAAUUAACGUUACAUAAAUUUGAAAGUAUAAGCAUUUGUGUACUCUUGUCUUGUAUUAAAAAAUACUUAAUGUGUUUUGUGUCUUUAUACAAAUAUUGUUAUUAGGCUUACGAUCAUAAAAUAAUUGUAUGUUUGUGAUUCUAGUCAUUAAUUAAUUUAAUUAUUUUUCAAUGUUUCAUUUUUUGUUAUUAAACAAAUUUGUGUUAAGUGAUAAU